AUGCUUUCUAAAAAGUAAAAGAUGAUUGCUCUUAUAUCUUAGCAUUAGGGUUAUUUUGUUGGGUUUAAAAUCAUUCGGACAUAAAAAAAAAUUCAUUUCCAUCCCUCUUCUCUCCGACAAAGAUGAUGUUUAAUGUCAGUGCGUGCGGCCUUGGAGAAUUACCUACGCCUAGCAACAACAAAAUCGGUAACAUCUCGAGGAAGCAGCAUCAGCGUUUAAGGACAGAAGAAGGCGAUGAUCAAGACAAGACCGUACUUGGGAGAGGGAAAAGAAUUCGAAAGAACAAUUCACAAUCCGAAGCUAGUUCGUCUUCAUCGAACAAAUCAAAUCUGAACCAAGAUGCUGUGGGUCUUCCAUUGCCCUUCAUGAGGGAAAAUGGCUUGAACAAACCAGGGGAGAUAGGUAUGUUGGCAAAAGAUGGUAAAAAGCUGAUGGUAAGUCUUCUAAAAGAUGUAAAUGGAAGAAUGAGUUUGGGAAGAGGAUGGAGAGACUUUGCUUUAGUAAAUGGCUUUCAAAUUGGUGAAUCCAUCACACUGGAGUUGAUUUGGAGAGAUUCAAAUCCUAUGUUUAGGUUUUCCAGUACUGGUACAGAUUCUGAAUGUGAUAAAAGGCAAGGAGAGUAUUGUUCGCAAGCGUGCGAGGAAGAGCCUAUUUGCAUUGAGCCAAGUGGCAACAGAGACAAGAAAGAAAAGAACAACAUUGAGGACAAAGAGUAUUCAUCUUUAGAAACCCAAAACCGAGUCUUGACAUUGACACUCAAACCUAAAGAUGUCAAAGACUGUAAUCUAAUUCUUCCAAGUGAAUUCAUGAGAGCUUAUGGCAUCGACAAGAAUAUGACAAUAACUAUUUUGGGUAAAGCUAAUAUGAAGUGGUGGGGAUAUCCAUCGUCAAGAGAUGGAACUAUAGCUGUAGGUAUUGGUUGGGCAAACUUUUGUAAGGCUAAUGGCAUCAAGACCGGAAAUUUGUUUACUCUAGAAUUGAUAUCUGAAGAAGUAGACACAACUCCGGUGUUUAGGAUAUGUCCUAACUCCGGAGACAAAAAAAAGAUUUUUAACUAAAAGCAUGUAAAAUGUUAGAACUCUUACUCUAAAGAAGUCAUUUUGUUUAUUAAGUUUAAGAAGCCAAGUAAUAAAUAUGAUUCAUCAUGUAUCUUUUAAUGGAGUUUAUAUGUUAUUGGAAUGGCCAUAUUUGUUUCAAAUUAAAUUUUCAUUAAUAAU